CAUGCCCUGGCCAUCUUAAAUUCAAGUAUUCCUUCAGGGGAACCUAACCUUGAUGUGAGAACAUCCUCUACUCCAGGAUCAGCAGUAAUGGCUUCUGAGUUAUAUAUGUCUCCUAACAAAGUCCCCAACCAGAGGUCUCCGCUCCCAUUGCCUAGCGUCUGUGGAACCUCAAUGUCAGGCAAGCCGGCACUACCUCUAGGAGGGUACAGAGAUGCAAAUCGAAGUUCAACAUACUACCUUUGCAAUCCUGGUGCUGAUUCCAGAGUAACUUUUGAAGGGACUAAUAGCCACUUACCCCUAACUACAGUGAACGGCCGAAGCGCAAAUAAUGGGCUAGGUUGGCGUUCCUUUUCUACACCUUACACGCGCCUUUCAGGAGCCGGCUCUCAGGUUGUUGGUGGAAAUUCUACUAUCAGGCCGUCUAGGCGUGGAGGCAUCUUAACUCCUGGUGUUAUCAAUAGCUCCAGUCUAUCUGGAGGAAGCGGACACACUGUAGCCAUUUUGCGGCCCAAUUCCUCGUCUAUUCCAGCUUAUGGCUCUGGCAGCAAGCAUCCGGGACGCCUUCGCUUUCAGAUGCAACCACGACCGACACUACCUUCGUUGAUGACCCCUUGCAUAUUUUUAUCGAGAAUUUGCGAAAUUUAG